CACACCCCGGUCCGCUCAGCCAAUGUUGCAGCUGCCCGUCGGGUGCGCGCUUUCAGGUGAGCCUCAGGUGAGACGCGACAGAAGAGAACACUUUCAGUUUGACAGCGACAGAUACAAAUCAGCGACAGGACUCAAACUGAUGCCAGCGAAGAAUUGAAAAUGCGGCUCGUCUUGGCACUGCUCGGUGCCCUGUUGCCCGGAGUUUUAGGUUUACUCUGCAAUGACUGCUCAUCAGACUCCUGGGAUUCUUGUCAAAUCGUCAACUGCCCUGUCUACAGUCGAGCGUGCACAACAGUUCAUCAAAGCCAGAAUUUAGCUGGAAACAUCAGCUCUUCAAUAUGGAGGUCGUGCACUGAUUCAAAGACGUGCUACGAGUCUUUCUCUUUCAAUAAUGGAUACGAGAGCAUGACAAAAUCAUCAGAGUGCUGCAGCUCGGAUCUUUGCAAUACUGGCGAGCCUUCAGUUAACAAGUCUGCUAAUGGCCUGGUGUGCUGUGCUGGUGUUCUCCCAAACUGCACACACACCGUCCAGUGCACUGGGACUGAGGACCACUGCUUCACAGCCUCACAACAUGGAGGGAGAGAUGUCAUUAUGGGAUGUUUAUCAAAGAGUGUCUGUGACAACCCCCAGCUGGCCUCACCAUAUCUCUUUUCUGGCUCCAAUGUGUUUUCUUGUUGUCAAGGAAAUUACUGCAAUAAUCUGAACACAACGAUACAGUGUUCCAAUUGUACUCUUCAGAACUUGCUGUUAUGUCCAUCAGGUUCACCAUCUUGCAACUCUUUAUUCUUUACAUGUACAGCGAAUGUGUAUCACUCAGAAUCUCAAACUUCACCUUUUCACUAUUUUUACACAACCUGCACAAGUUCUGCCACAUGCAACAACACCAACUCAUAUUUUGAUGGAUACUACAAACAAAUUCAGAUUUCAGCGUGCUGCAGCCAAGGCACCUGUGACUUACAGAGACUCACUGAUAACACCUUUAAUACUCCAAAUGGCCUGAUGUGCUGCAUUGGACCAGAAAGUACUUGUGACAUGACCGCUGAGUGUGUUGGUGCUGAGGACUCCUGCUUCAUAGAAGGACGUGGAACUUUUUAUUAUAAAGGAUGUAUAACGAAAAAUGCCUGUUACAACUCCAUUUUUUAUUUUAGUGAAUUCCGCUACUGCUGUCAGGGGAGCCUUUGCAAUAAUAUUGAUUCAAUUUCCACGCUGACGUGCAAUGUCUGUUCAUCAAAUUCUUGGGACACGUGCCAAAAUGAAACAACGUUGUGUUUUCCCACCAGUGGACAAUGUGCAAGUGUUUCCUCUUUCAGCAGUUAUAAUGGCAUGUAUCUGAAUUCUUAUGUGAGCAGAGGCUGUAUGUCAGAUCUCAGCUGCAACAUGACUGCCUCCAUUAACACGGGAUAUCAGAACAUAACAAGUACUUCCCAGUGCUGUAACUCCAGUCUGUGCAACACCGAUCAAGUUACACUGAAUGCCUCCAGUGACCCAAAUGGCCUGCUGUGUUGUUAUGGAGGAGGCAGCACCUGCCAGAACGUGGUGACCUGCACCGGCAAUCAGGACUACUGCUACACAUCAGAUGGAUUAUUAAGCUAUUACCAGGGAUGCGCUUCACAAAGUGUAUGUGACAAUCCAGCUGGUGCUUCAGCCUUUCUUCAACCUUAUUAUUUUGGCACAACGAUCAGCUGUUGUCAAGGAAAUUUCUGCAACAGACUCUACAAGGGUUUAAUCUGCAAUUCCUGCUGGACAUCCUACUCUGGUGGCCAGUGUGGCAACAGCAUUUCUCAGUGUGGUGGUCUCAAUUCCUCAUGUGCAGCAAUCAUUGAGUCCAACACAAUGUUACGCUUGAGCUGCGUGGAUUCAGCUGUCUGCAACACGAGCGCCUCCAUUAACUACGGAUAUGGGAGCAACGCACAGAUCACCCAGUGCUGCGACUCUGACUUGUGCAACACAAAAAACAUUACAGAUAACACGAUGACAGUCGCCAAUGGCUUACUGUGCUGUGCUGGCAUCAAUGGGACUUGUCAGCAGGUGGUCAAUUGUGUGGGCAUAGAGGACCACUGCUUUACUGCAGUUGGUGGAUACACAACCUACCAGGGCUGCGCAUCAACAAGUGUCUGUGACAAUUCUGGAAGUUCAAAUGCACUCAACAUCACUUUUAGUUCCCAGAUUACCUGCUGCCAAGGUGUUCUCUGCAAUAAACCCAAUUCCUCUUUGCUGUGUAACUCUUGUCUCUCUCCAUACUCCUGGAAUCAGUGCACAAGCAGCAUUACACCAUGCAAUUCUUCUUUGGCCUGUGUGACCAUGUUAAGACCUGCCUCAAGCUGGUAUUCGUACUCACAAACAACCUUUCAGAGGUCCUGUGUGACUCCGGACAUCUGUAACACAAGUGGCUCCAUAAACUAUGGAUAUGGGAGCAGCACGUGGAUCUCUAAGUGCUGUAACACAGACCUGUGCAACACUGAAACGGUCAAUGCAUCAGCUGAACUGAAUGGACUGGUUUGCUGUGCAGGGACGAAUGGCAACUGCCAACAGGUUCUCAACUGUACUGGAAUGCAGGAUCGCUGCUUCACAGCAUAUAAUGGAUGGAAUAAUUACUACCAGGGAUGUAUUUCAAAGAACUUCUGUGAGAACUCAACAAAUGCAAAUCUCAUCACACCAAUUUUUGGUGUUUCACAGAUCAAUUGCUGUCAGGGGAGCCUGUGCAAUAAACCAAAUAACACCAUAAUUUGCCAUAACUGUUUCUCUUCAUAUCCUUGGAUGUCCUGCACAAACAGUUUCAGUACCUGCAGUCCUGUGGGGUCAUCAUGUGGCUCAGUCCUGUCAUCACAAUCAUACUAUGGAUUUAUCCAGUCGUCAUUCAGUCUUGGCUGUGUAAUAUCACAGAACUGCAACAUGAGCGGCUCCAUUAACUACGGAUUUGGGACGGCCACUUGGAUUUCUCAGUGUUGCACCUCAGAUCUUUGUAACACCCAACAAGUUAACGUAUCCAGUGGACCAAAUGGAUUAGUGUGCUGUGCUGGAAACAGCGGGUCAUGCCAGAGCACGAUAAACUGCACUGACAUCCAGGACCACUGCUUCAGUGCAGAUGAUGGAGUCAAUGCAUACUAUGGAUGUUCUUCAAGAAGUGUCUGUGACAGCCCCAGCAAUUACAGCUCCAUCCUGCAGAUCUAUUUCAACUCAACUUACAUGUCGUGCUGUCAAGGCAACCUCUGCAACAAGCCCACUCACCUGCUGACUUGUAAAGGCUGUUCUGCGUAUUCCUUGGACACGUGUCAAAAUACAUCAAAUGUCUGCAGUUCUCAAUGGAGUCAGUGUGCAACGGUGGUAAUUUCAAACUACAACAUCUAUGGUGAAUAUCAAACUUUCCCAGUUCAGAAGUAUUGUGCACCUCCAAGUAGCUGCAACAUUAGCAUCUCAUUUAUUGACAACCCUUGGACAAAGUCCUGGAGCUCAAAGUGCUGCAACUCGGAUCUGUGUGACAGUAACGUAAACGUUGCGCCAAGUGCUCUGCAGUGUUGUUCAGGUAAUGACGCGUCCUGCCAAAGAACAGUGUCCUGCAUGACAGACCAAGACUUCUGCUUCACACUGGAUGCUGGAUACAAUGUAUAUCGGGGAUGUGCUUCCCAAAGUGUCUGUGAGAAUCCUGGGAAUGCUGCCACUUAUUUUCAGAACGUGGUGCCUGUGCCUUCUGGUUCUCAGCUUGACUGCUGUCAAGGUCUCUAUUGUAACAAGCCAAACUCAACCUUCAUUUGUCAGUCUUGCUUGGCAAGUUCAUGGGAUUUGUGUGGAAGUGGAUACAUCGCCUGCGACUCUCACUCCUCAGCUUGUGCAACAAUUUUGGAGUCCAACUACAUAUACUGGAAUAGCAUGGCAUGGUUCAGCAGGUCUUGUUCACCUUUGGCCAGCUGUAACAUGAGCACAUCGAUAAACUUUGGAGGAGGGAGCUACACUCGGAUCUCAACAUGCUGCAGCUCGGACGCAUGCAACAUGGAUAACGUUACUGUGUCCAACUUGCCAAAUGGACUGAAGUGCUGCUGGGGUGGGAACUGCCAGAAUUCGGUGUCCUGCACGGGAAUUCAAGACUACUGCUUUACUUCAGAUAACGGCUACCAGGGCUGUGCCUCUUCUAGUGUCUGUGCCAAUUCUUCAUAUGUGGCUGAGGUGUUGAAUCUCAAUCUUGGGUUGAAGAUCGACUGUUGCCAAGGAUUCCUCUGCAAUAAAAACUAUUCUGGCUUGAGCUGUAAUGUCUGUAUCUCGCCUCUCUCCUGGAGCCAGUGUGUAAGCAGUGUGUCCAACUGUGACCAAGCGGGUGCGACCUGCGUAACACUCCUGCAGACACGCAGCGAUAACUACAACUCAAUCAUGUACAGCAGGUCUUGUGGAACUCCAGCGGGGUGUAACUUGACUGGAUCAGUCGACUACAGUGAUGGAAGGAGAAUUUGGAUGUCCAAAUGCUGCAGCUCAGACUUUUGCAACACUGAUGAUGUUCUUGAUUCUACUGAACCAAAUGGGCUGCAGUGCUGUGCUGGUAUCGGUGGAUCUUGUCCAAAUUUGAUCAACUGUGUGGGCAUUGACGACCUCUGCUUCCUCUCAGGGAAAUCUGGAUUGACUUGUCACAGCGGAAACCUACGCCCCUUGGCCAAGAGGCUCAUAGCCAUACAGAGGAGGAUUUGCUGCUUCAAGAAAUCAUAA